GUUAAAUUAUUUGGUGACAAUAAGGGAGACUUCAGCAUACACCACUUAAUAGUUAGUACUAUAACAGAGUAAUGUAAAAUCAUAAUACAUUCAUGAUGGAACACCUAUUUAGAGCGAUCUUAAUAACAGUAGGUGCUCGCAUAUAUGCAGAGGGACUGUUAUGUCCAGUUGGAUAUAACCUUGUGAGGCACACUCUAGUUGUUGACUCUGAGAAUCUGACAUGGUCUGAGGCUGCUAUCGAAUGUACAAGAAAGAAUGGACGAAUCUUCACAGUGAUGGACAAUCAAUCUGAGCAGAUAUUUAUAGAUAUAAUGGAGGAAUAUUCCCUUGGCAAGGCCUGGGUUGUAUAUACUGGUAAUAUUAAAGACGAAUUGGAUGAAUCAGAUUUGAAAUCACCAUUCUACAUAAUGAAGGAUAUAUCAGAUAAAAAGUUUGAUGCAUCUUCUCGUCCAUGGGGGGCAAAAUAUGCCAAAAUCAACAGUGAAUCUGCAUGGUUCUCUUUUGACUUAAGUGGUUGUCAAUGGGUCCGGGUAGAUCUAGGGAAACCAAUGUGCAUUUAUGGUAUUGUUACAAAAGGACGAAAAUACUUAGAUCGUUGGACAUCAGUUUACAAACUCAAUUACAAAAAUGAUGUUGAUAAAAACUUCAUCACACUUCAAGAUGAUGGGAAAGAGGAACUGACUGCUAAUGAAGACAAUGAUACACCAGUUUAUAGGAAUUUUACAAAACCAUUCAAUGCACGAUUCAUACGUUUGUACCCAAAACUGUGGAAUAUCUAUCCUGCAAUAAGAUUUGAUCUCCUGGUAUCAAAUAACAGUUGCCCAAAAGAAUUUCCAUGUGGUAAAUGUCCUGCUAUUAUUAACAUACCUACAAGCAAUGCGACAGUCCAAUAUGAGUCAUGUUGCUCCAAGUUACCAUACGUCUGUGAGACAAAAUCAUGUGUCCCAGAUCAAAAAGAGUCUUCAGCAACCAUUACUGAUUCAACUAUUGACAAUGACUCUAGAAAACCUGAAAUACAAAAAGAGUUUUCAACUCUUGCAACCAUUAAAGAUUCAGCUGUUGUUGACAACACCACAAACUAUCGUAGUGCAAGUAAUAGUGCAUUCUCUUGUGUUUUGUGCUCUAUGUCACUUACUAUUGGACUCAUAAUUGGGAUGGUUCUUCUCGUCAUUAUCAUAAUCAUAUUACUGAUUUUGCUAAUUUUAUCACAGCGCAGAAAAAAGUAUUCUCAAAAUGCAUCAAAAUCUGCAGUUCCGGCUGCUCAUAAAAUUGACAAAAACAAGAAUGAAAUUAACCGAAGUGUGGCAAAAGUCUCACAAAAUGUCACUUUGACUGAUCCAAAAGAUCUAUACACCCAAAUUGAUAUUAAAACAAAACAUAAAAAAUCAGAGAUGAUUUAUGCCAAUAUGGGGGCAUAUAAUGCUGCAUAUGACACUACAACAGAUGACACCACUACAAAUGACACUGCUACAUAUAACACCAUUUCAGAUGAUGCGAAAGACACAACACUCUAUCAUACUCCAGAAGAUAUAGGUGUUUACAGUUUUGAGAAGCACACAGAUGAUAAAGACAUCCCUGAUGGAAUUGAGAUGUUUAAUAAUGAGUUAUACUCGGAUAUUUAGCUCCAUACAGUUUAUAAUUGGUACUCAUUUGAAUAAACUCUCUUGUGAUCUAUUGCAAUUUCAUAAUAUAUAGUAAAAGCUAUCUGAAAUCUGAAUGCUUAAGGUACUAGAUGGGCAAAAUUGUUUAGAUGGGCAUUGUUUAUUAUUUUGG